AUGUUACAGACUCAAUCCCAACACCUUUUCUCACAUCAGCAUCAAUAUCCCCAGACAGCUGCAGACGCUUCCUGGAUCCAGCAGCAACAGCAGCACCAACAGCAGCAACAACAGCAGCAACAACAACAGCAGCAACAGUCCUCCCAUUACCAGCAGCAGCAACAGCAACAUCAACAACAGCAGCAGCAGGCGCAGUCCCAACAGCACCAUCCCCAGUCAUCUCUGGCAGCCCAACAGCAUGCUCAAGCGCAGGCAGCGGUUGCCGCUGCGGCUGCUGUGGCCCAACACCAACAUUACAAUCGGAUAGCCUUGAAUAGUAGCUCUGCUGCUUCCGCUGUCGCUGCUGCUGGUAACCAGGCUGCGUCCGGUGUAGAUAGUGCCGCUGCUGGUGCUGGCAAUAUCGAUGGGGGUAUCAGCGAAGAGAAUCGGAGAGUCCUUGUGUGGGUGGCUGAGCUUAUGGAUCCUGCUCGGCGAGAGGCUGCUUUAAUGGAGCUUAGCAAGAAGAGGGAGCAGGUGCCGGAACUCGCUCUUAUAAUAUGGCAUUCCUUCGGUGUUAUGACCUCUCUACUUCAGGAGAUUAUCUCUGUUUAUCCUCUAUUGAACCCAUCCCAGUUGACUGCUGCGGCCUCAAAUAGGGUUUGCAACGCUCUCGCUCUGUUACAAUGUGUGGCUUCGCACAACGAGACGCGCACUCUUUUCUUGAAUGCACAUAUCCCUCUUUUCCUUUACCCAUUUCUUAACACCACCUCGAAAUCUCGUCCGUUUGAAUAUCUCCGUCUCACCUCUCUUGGUGUAAUCGGCGCGUUGGUGAAAAAUGACUCGUCAGACGUCAUAAACUUCCUGCUCACGACGGAAAUCAUUCCCCUAUGCCUUCGCAUCAUGGAAACAGGCUCCGAACUAAGCAAGACUGUUGCCAUCUUUAUUGUACAAAAGAUCUUACUGGAUGAUAUUGGCCUUGCAUAUAUUUGUGCUACUUAUGAGCGGUUCUAUGCCGUUGGAACCGUGUUGAGUAAUAUGGUCACUCAGCUUGUUGAGCAGCAAACUGUGCGGCUGCUUAAGCAUGUCGUUCGUUGUUUUCUUCGUCUGAGCGAUAACAAUCGCGCACGUGAAGCCCUCCGCCAAUGCCUUCCGGAGCCCCUUCGGGAUGCAACAUUCUCAUCAGUCCUGCGUGAUGAUGCUGCUACGAAACGUUGCCUAGCUCAACUUCUAAUUAAUCUGUCCGAUAACGUUGUCGACGGGACCUCGACUGGCGCCACUAUGUAA